AUGGCUAACGUGCUCAUAUUAGAUGCCAUCUUGUUUGGCAUUCUGGUCUUCUCUGGAAUUCUGGGAAAUAUCCUGGUCAUCUUCACGGUGGUACUGUGUUCCAUGGAGAGUUCAUCUCAUCACAUGCCUCCAUCUGACAUGAUCCUGCUCAACCUGUCGCUAGCUAACCUGCUGAUCUCGCUGUUUCGCACCGUGCCCAUCUUCAUCUCGGACCUGGGCCUGGAAGUGUAUCUGGAGACAAACUGGUGCAGAGUGUUCAUGCUGCUGUGGGUGUGGUGGCGCUCCGUAGGCUGCUGGACCACGCUGGGCCUCAGCAUCUUUCACUACACCACAUUGAGGCGGAAGCAUGUGGCUAUGGGUCCAAUGGCAUAUCAGAAAGACCACAGACGUGUUGUUCUGGCACUGGGACUCAUCUGGGGAGGAAACCUGGUGUUUUCUCUGCCUGCUGCCAUCUACAGCAAACACGUGAGUGGAAACAGCACCUCCGAGAUCAUGGUGAUCAGCUGCAACACUCGCCCGCUGCUUGGCUGCAUGUGGGAAUUCCCCUCCAAACAGGAGGGAACAGCCUUCGCCUCCAUCUCACUCGCCCUUAACGAGGUGUUGCCUAUGCUGCUGAUGGUGAGCACUAACCUGGCGAUUCUCCGGGUGCUGGCGAAACACAUCCGUAUAGUGACGACGGGCGUGGAGAGCGGAGCAUCGCACGUGCAAAUGGAGCGGAAAGCAGGUCAUGUGAUCAUGACGCUGGUGCUUCUGUUCAUUGUGAGUUGGGUGAUGCAGGUAGCUGCUGUGACGUAUUACAACUACGAUCGUGGUGUGCAUGCUGAGGGCCUGCUGACCAUCUCACAGUUCUCCGCCUCCGUCUUUGUGGGUUUCAGCCCCAUGGUCGUGGCGUUCGGCCACGGAAAACUGCGCAGGAGAAUCAGGGCCAUGGUGCAGGAGCUGUACGUCUGGGUCGGCUGUAGAACCACCGCGAGCGAGGACAAGAAGAAGAAGAAAGUGCUGGAGAGCACCACCGUCUCAUACAAACAAGACACGCAGACAAAGAAAGUGACCAUGUGACUUCAUCAGUGAGGAACUCAACAUUACCUCUACUAUCAUGUACUAUACGGUCAUGUGUGUACACGGCUGGUGUCAGAUUAUUCAUCCCUCAACCUACAGAUGAAAUGACAAACAUUUUUCAGUUGCUCCACUUAUCAGCACUAAAUUAUAACGACAUUAAACAUCAAUAAAUUAUAUUAUUACUCUAAAGUGAAGAUACGGAAUA